CUGCACACCCUCCGCUCAGCACCCAUCAUGGCCACCGUUCAGCAGCUGGUAGGAAGAUGGCGCCUGGUAGACAGCAAAGGCUUUGACAAGUACAUGAAGGAACUGGGAGUGGGAAUGGCUCUGCGGAAAAUGCGCGCAAUGGCCAAGCCAGAUUGUAUCAUCACUUCUGAUGGCAAAGCCCUCACCGUGAAAACCAAAAGCACCUUGAAAACAACACAAUUCUCCUGUAACCUGGGAGAAAAGUUUGAAGAAACUACAGCUGAUGGCAGAAAAACUCAGAGUGUCUGCAACUUUACCGAUGGUGCCUUGGUUCAGCGCCAGGAGUGGGAUGGGAAGGAGAGCACAAUCACCAGAAAGUUGGAAGAUGGGAAAUUAGUGGUGGAAUGUGUUAUGAACAAUGUCACCUGCACUCGGAUCUAUGAAAAAGUAGAAAAUUCCAUCUUUGCUUUGGAAAGGAAUUAGUUAUAAGAAUGAACAAGCUCAGUUCAAUGAGCAGAUCCCCAUACCGCUUCUUUAUUUUGUUGGUUUUUUCCCCACUACUGUGUUCAUUUCUUUCUGCCACAAACAUUUUACAUGCAGCUAUUUCAAAGUGUUGGUUUAAGUAGAAUCAUCUCCUUGGUUAGUAAAUAAAUGUGUUUGUGCUAAUAAAAA